UUUGCAAAAGUAUACUAAAUAUUAAGUUUAUUUUUUUUGUAAAAAAUGUAUUCAACAAAAUUGAUUUAUAAUUUAUUGUUAUUGCAAUUAGUUAUUUGUGUUACAUAUUUAAUUGCCGUCGACACCAACAAUGAGGAUGAAAUAACAGCCCUCCCGGGGCUUAAAGACAAACUCAAUUUCAAACAAUACUCGGGUUAUUUGAAUAUACCGGAUGGCAAACACUUGUUUUAUUGGUUUGUCGAGUGCGAGACUAACCCAGCGGAUGCACCGGUAGUCCUAUGGCUUCAGGGAGGACCGGGUGGUAGUUCAUUGUUUGCACUAUUUGUCGAAAACGGACCGUUUAGUGUCGAUGCCGCGGGAAAGACACUUAAACUUAAUCCUUACAGUUGGAAUCGUGAAGUAAAUAUGCUGUACAUUGAGGCACCAGUAGGUACUGGAUUCAGUUAUAAAGAUGACAAAAAUUAUUUUAACAAUGACACUACCAGUGCUGCCGAUAAUAGACUGGCUUUAGUAGAGUUUUUCAAAAAAUAUCCAAACCUUCAAAAAAAUCCGUUUUAUAUAACUGGUGAAAGUUAUGCCGGUGUUUACAUACCGAUGUUGGCCCAGGAGAUACUUAGCACUAAAACUGAUAUUAAUUUAAAAGGCAUUGGUAUCGGUAAUGGUGCUCUAACAGGUCGGGAUGGUACCGAUCAGUCGGUUAUUGAUCUAUUGUUAGGACACGGAUUGGUGACUAUCGAGUCAUACGAACGCAAGAUAGAGGCCUGUUGUCAGUGCGCUGACGGCCAACCCGUAAACGAGUGUGUCUUUGCUAAGCCAGUAAAUGCCACUAAAUGUAAGCAAGCUAAGUUAGAUCAAACCGACGCACUAAACGCUUACAAUAUAUACGAUGAUUGUGGCGGACUCAACGAUGCCUACCUGUCCUCUAUGUAUGACCAGUACCAUAGUUCCCGUUUCGAGGCACUGGGCAUUCAGACACUACAACAAUCGUAUUCAUCGUCAAACAACAAUAAACUCAUUUGUCCGCAAAGUGGUUACUCUGAUUACUUGAAUACACCGGCCGUACAGUUGGCCAUACAUGCGCGCAAACCCGAUAAAAAUCAAUGGUAUGUUUGCUGCGGUCCGUAUGAUUUCACACACGCCUCUACACCACAACACGAUAUUGUACGCGAACUGAUCGACAAGUAUGGCCUCAAACGGGUGACAGUAUAUAACGGCGAUUUUGAUAUUGUCUGCGAUUUUAUUGAUGACCAGCGAUUUGUUGACAAUCUAGGCUAUCAACGGGAUGGACACUAUAAAGAGUGGACAGUUGACGGUAAAUCGGACGGUAUUAUUUGCGGUUAUGUGGAACGCUAUGAAAAGGGUUUACAAUUUGUUUUGGUCAGAGGUUCCGGACAUAUGGUUCCCAAAGAUAAACCCGAAGCUGCACUACAAGUGCUUAAAGAUUUAAUAGGAGUCGUAAAAUUGUAAAAUAAUUUAG